UUUCCCCUUAGGCUCUUCUGGAUGAGGAAUCAUUAACCUUGAGGGGAAUUAAAUUAUCAUGAGAGCGAGUAGGAUAUCAGCUGGGUUUUGUCAGCAGGAAGUUUCGAGGUGUAGUACUUGAAAAUUCUGCUUUUUUGUUAAAAUUUUCUUCAGUUCUGUAGUGCUCAGCCUUCUAAGUAAACAUUUCUCAUUAAUAUUUCAGCAGGAACGAAAAAAUAUGCAGAAUUAUUAUAAUUCACUACACAAAAAGAUUUUUAAAGGUCAAAGCCAACCUUCCCUUGCUUCAAAAUUUCAGCUGUGUGGGACUGUUCUUUUCCAUGCUGGGGGUUUUGGGGGCAGGAUCACCCUACAUUUGCCUACUGCAAGCUUUUUAUGCUUUCCAUCUCUCCUCUGGAGUAUUAAAUAACAGACUGUUUGUGUUGAAUCACUGGUAGGUGUGAUGGGCUGAGCGGAUUUUGGUAGGUUUUAGAGCUCACCUGGAACCUGAGCUGUAAAUGACUUUGAUUUCAUAACAUUACCUUGAUACUAGUUGCAUGGAAAGCAACAAAUAUAUAAAUAUUUCAUGUAAAUAUAUUUUGUAAGAGCGAGUAGAGUGUUCAGAAUCUGGGCCAGUACCUUGAAAGAAAAUAUUGUGGCUUUAUUGGCAUCACGUUUAAAGUGAAAAUCAGAGUUUUGGUCUUAAAUUCAAACAAAUUCCUUGGUUUCGCUUAUCCUGGAGCAGAUUUCUGGCCAGUCUCAUCCAACACAACCUCAGACUGAAAUGCUGCAGUGAUGCAGAAUUGGAGUGUUGCUUGUUUAUCAAGAGCUAAUGAAUGAGGGACCACGUGAGGGACCACGAAGUAUUUUUCCUUCUUGGAAGUCCAGUUUCUGCCUGUAAUCAGCAAAUACGAGGGAGCAUCGUGUGGGUAAUGCCUCCUUCACCCUGGCUGUGUUCAUGCCUUGGAAUUUGGCAGGUCUGUUUGGGAUUGGAGCUCCCUGGGAGCUCCUGGAUGCAGAGGCCUUUCCGCAGAGGAUAUUCCGCGCCCGUAACCGGAUUUGGGGAUUUGCGCGGGGUGGGAAUGGAGGCAGAAAUCAGCUCCUGGAGCUGAAUCCCUGUCCAGGAGCUGUGGCUGCCCAGCUGCACACACGGGCUCUGGUGUCCCCAGCCGAGGACAGGAGGUUGUGCCUCCAUGGAACCCCCUGGAUUUGGCCCCUGCUGCAGGCUGUGGAGAGCGCGGGGAGUUCUGGAGCUGCUUCCUCCGUCUGCUUCCUCUUGGCUGCUCUCCAAAUUCACGUUUCCUGCCAGAAUUGAAGAGUGGAUCAAGCACCGUCCUGGGGCUUCCUGCUGGGCUGGGUUGCUGGACAUCUCACCAACUUCAUAGGCUGCUAUUCAACAAAUCAGCUGCCAAUCCAGAUUGUCACUGCUGUUUUUUAUGUUAACAUGGAUCUAAUUAUGAUUUCACAAUUUUUCUGCUAUAAGCUCAAGAAUCAGAAGGUGACAAAAUGCAGCCACAACCUGAGGAAUUUCUGCGUCUCCUGGGUCGUGGUGUGUGGAGCUCUGGGUGUCGCUGCCCUCUGUCAGCUGGGGCUGAGGAACCAGGAGCAGAGCACAGCAAUCCCAAGGAAUAAUAACUCCCUUGGUGUGGUUGAACUGUCAGGCCUCGUUUGUGGCUCCAAAUCCUGUGGGUUUUACCUGGGCAGCAGAUUCCCUCAGCUCUACAAAAACCUGAGAAGAAGGGCCACAGAAGGCACCUUUUACCUGCUCUUUGCCUUGGCCAUGAUGGGAAUGAGCCUUGUCCUAAAGAUGCCAGAAACCAAAUCCUCCAGGGGCCUCUACUUUGUCCACCACCUUCCUUGGCUCAUUGGCAGCUUUGGAGUCUUGUUUCUUGACAUUUUUGUGUCCUUUUCCUGUUACAACAGAGAUUCUCAGGAUAGGCUUGUUCAUAAGUGGAUCAGAAAUGAAAUGGAUUUUUUUGAAAUCACUUUUUUUUUUCCUGACCUGAUCAUAAAAUCUUCUUUCUGA